AUGCCACCUGGAUAUAUGCAAUAUGUGCCCGCCGCAUACAGAGCAUAUGUUAAGGCCUUUAUGAAGCAAUACGCAGCAAAUGCGGCUGGAGCAGGAGCUGGAACAUCAAUUCCUACUUCCCCUAACUUGGCGUUAGGUGGAGGCGGCAUAGAAGACAAGCUACUGUUUCCAGUUGGAAUUGUCCUAUCUCUUAUUGUGCUGAUAAUAUCUACAUUCAAACACAUAAUGCAGGCCUCACACGUUACCCUUGCCGUAGUGGUAGCACUAUGCCUAGUGGUUGUAAACGAAGCUUUUACUUUCCUCAAAAAUCCAUCUGGUAGUCUACUUGGUGGCUACGGCUUCGGUACAUUCGGUGGCUUCGGUAACUUUGGUAGCUUUGGCGGUUUCGGCAGCUUCGGCGGAAAAUAA